AUGUUGUUGAAGCGCGUGGCUAGGCCUCCGGCCGCCAUUAUGUGCAGACCGGGUCGGCCUCGGUGGACUCCGACCUUCGGCGUCCCAAGCAGGACAAUUCAUCAUCCCUUGCGAUCGGUCUCGAAAUCCCUAUCUUCUCGCUCGCUGAGUACGACAGCCUCCGCUCAGAUCGAAGGCUUUCACUCACAGCAUGAGAACGCCUCCACAAUUCCUUUAUAUGAGAAUCUCUCCCAGAGGCGCACGCCGCAAACCUUGACGGAGAAGAUCGUACAACGCUAUGCUGUUGGUCUCCCCGAAGGAAAGCUCGUUCGUAGCGGUGACUAUAUCAGUCUGGCCCCCGGGUAUUGCAUGACUCACGACAACUCAUGGCCCGUCGCCCUCAAGUUCAUGUCAAUGGGAGCUACAAAGGUCCACCGCCCCGAGCAGAUUGUCAUGACCCUCGACCACGACGUCCAAAACACCAGCGCAGCGAAUCUUAAGAAAUACGAGCAGAUCGAGGCUUUCGCUGGACAGCAUGGUAUCGAUUUCUAUCCUGCGGGUCGGGGUAUUGGACACCAGGUUAUGGUGGAAGAGGGAUAUGCAUGGCCGGGUACCAUGGCGGUAGCCUCAGACAGCCACAGUAACCACUACGGCGGAGUUGGCUGCCUUGGAACUGCUGUUGUGCGAACGGAUGCUGCUAGUAUUUGGGCAACGUCGCGGACAUGGUGGCAGAUUCCCCCUGUUGCGCGGGUAACAUUCACCGGAACACUACCAGUAGGCGUGACAGGUAAGGAUGUGAUUGUGGCAUUGUGUGGGCUCUUCAACAGUGACGUGCUGAACCAUGCAAUUGAGUUCACCGGCUCUGAGGAGACCAUGGAAAGUCUGCUUGUGGAUAGCCGCCUGACAAUUGCCAACAUGACGACUGAAUGGGGCGCGCUCACGGGUCUCUUCCCAAUCGACCGGACUCUGAAGCGCUGGCUGCGAUACAAGGCCACCGAAGCUGCGAUGUCUGACGACCGGACAACCCGGAAGCGUAUCACGCACGAAAGAAUCGACGAGCUGUUCGCCAACCCCCUCACGGCCGACCCCGAUGCUCAGUAUGCCAAGCAGCUCUACCUCAAUCUCUCGACUCUCUCGCCCUACGUCUCCGGUCCUAAUUCAGUCAAGAUCGCAACACCACUCAACGAGCUUGUCCAGCAGGACAUCAAAGUCAACCGCGCGUACAUCGUCUCUUGUACCAACUCGCGUGCUUCCGAUCUCGCGGCCGCCGCCAAGGUCUUCAAAGACGCCGCCAAGGCUAACCCCGACACGACUCCUAAAAUCGCCGACGGUGUCAAACUUUACAUCGCGGCUGCUUCCGUGCCCGAACAAGAGGCUGCCGAAUUCACUGGCGACUGGCAGGCACUCCUCGAUGCUGGUGCCCAGCCCCUACCUGCUGGAUGCGGACCUUGCAUUGGCCUCGGAACUGGUCUUCUAGAGCUCGGUGAGGUUGGCAUCAGUGCCAGCAACCGUAACUUCAAGGGAAGAAUGGGUUCGAGAGAUGCGCUGGCAUACCUGGCGAGUCCCGAAGUCGUGGCUGCUAGUGCUCUCAGCGGCGUUAUCUCUGGCCCCGGCGCCUACCAAGUGCCAGAGAACUGGUCUGGCGUGGAACACGGAUUCGGCACAGGUCUCGAACCCACCACCGAGAACGAGCUCACCAACCUGUUACAACAGAUGGAAUCUCUGAUCGAUCGGGUUGAGUCGGCCGGAGACGAGUCCAAACCUGCCACCGAGAUUCUGCCAGGCUUCCCCGAACGGAUCAGCGGCGAGAUCGUCUUCCUUGAUGCUGACAAUCUCGACACUGAUAGCAUCUACCCCGGUAAAUUGACAUACCAAGACAACGUCUCGAAGGAUGAUAUGGCCGCCGCUUGCAUGCAGAACUACGAUCCCGAGUUCAAGAGCAUCGCUAAGCCAAGUGACAUCCUCGUCGCCGGCUUCAACUUCGGUUGCGGAUCAUCAAGAGAACAGGCCGCAACUGCCAUUUUGGCCAAGCAGAUUCCACUGGUCGUUGCUGGCAGCUUCGGGAACAUUUUCUCCCGAAACAGUAUCAAUAACGCGCUCAUGGGCCUUGAAGUCCCCCGACUUGUUGAGCGCCUCCGUGCCAGCUUCGCUCAGCCAUCUUCUGGUGACGCCAAGGGGCGCCAGCUGACGCGUCGCACAGGCUGGACUUUGACAUGGGACGUGAAGCGUUCCAUUGUUGAAGUUCAGGAGGGUGAGACGGGAGAGAGCUGGACCGAGCAGGUCGGCGAGCUGCCAGCGAAUGUACAGGAGAUCAUCGCGGAAGGUGGCCUAGAAGCGUGGGUUAAGGGUAAAGUUGCGGAGUCCGGGUGA